AUUUCUUGCGCCAUUUUCGGGCAUUGUGUUCACUGUAAAUUUUAAUGUAUUGAUAUAGAAAUUAAUAAUUUGUUUGUAAAAUUUUGAAAUUUAUUACUUUGAGGUUGUUGUUUAUAUCAAUGGUUUUAGUGGUGGUUUGACCAGCUGCGAAAGAUACAUGGAGUGACAACAUCAAAAAAGAGAUUGUCAUUUCUACUAUAGUGAUAUAAAAGUAUUCUGAAAUAUUUUUGUCAAUUAUAGAAAUGAUAGUAGUAUGAAACUACAGGUAGUUCCAAACACUUCAGUGGUGAAUGCAGGUUCUAUCACUGAACAUUCCAAAAAUGCUGUUACCAGUUCUCAAAUAGUACAACCAAAUGUAACCAGAAUUGAAACUGACUCUGAAAAUGCCAAUGCCCAGUCAGCUGGUGUUCAGAUUGAAAUGGUGAUUGCACCCAACAAAAGCCCUAAUUUUACAAAAAUGCAGAGCGUAAAAGAAAAUCAUGCUAGUUUUAAUGUUAAAGGAGAAAAUUUGCAACAAUUGAGUACUAAUGCUUUACCUCCUUAUAGUCCGUCUUCUCCUCCAGAGUUCUUAAAUAGUAGCUCUUCGUUUUUAGAAUUUCAUUGCUGCAUGGAUUGUGGGGAUACAUUUAUAUCAAGAUCAAGUUUGAAUUUUCAUCUAUCGAGGAGAUCAGUAUUGAUAAAGUUUCCAUGUGAGAGUUGCAAUUGCAUACUUAUUUUUUACAAUCAUUGUAUUUUGCAAUCGCAUAUCAGAUCACAUACUGAUAAAAAGGAAAAAGCUAACAUUAGCCGGGCUACUGUGAAUCCUCUUCCUCGUGUAUUUAUGGAUGGUAUUCAUAAUGAAGUGUUGAAUAAUUUAGAUGAUGAAUUAAAUAGUCUUGAUGAUCCCGAUGCUACCGCUCCAUCAGAACUUUUGGAAUUUUCGCUUAGGGAAAGUGACACUGAAAUUAGCCUCCUAAAAGAAAAGCAAAGUACAAACGUAUCUAGAUUCAGGUGUCUAGAUUGUAAUAAGGAAUUCGAAAGUUUUAAAGAGCGACAAGAGCAUAUGACAAAUGGUGAAAAAAUUCCAUCAACAAAUUCACUGUGUGACAAGUGUCCGAUGGUUUGUCCAUCAAAAUGCAGCUUAAAAGCUCAUCAACGAAUCCAUUUACAGAUCAGUCCGUAUGUUUGUCCAGAAUGUGGAGAUAGUCCAGAUCCUCAUUGGUCCAACUUCAAACAUCAUGUGGAUUUUAAAUGUUUUCAUAAAGCCCGCAAUAUAGGUUACAAAUGUCCUAAGUGCAAAAUAGUAGUUGCAAACAAUACUAGUCUUUUAGAGCAUAUGGAAUCACAUACUGAAAAAUUCUAUAAGUGUGAAUACUGCCCAAAAGCUUUCAUGAAUGCUACUGCCACCAAAUCUCAUAUUCUUCUGGAUCACAAAAAUCGAAAAGUUCUGUAUGCAAAGAUAUAUAAAUGUUCAUUGUGUAACAUAGUACAUACAGUAAGUAAAGAAAUGAUAAAUCAUCUGCCUGAGCACUUGAAGGAGCAAAUUCGUGAAUAUAUAUUUAACUGCAUGCAGUGCGGCAAAGCAUUGAAAUGCAAGACUGAUUUAUAUGAUCAUAUAAAAGUACACCAUCCAAAGCUCUACAAACUGACACAACAAAAUGAGUCAACAAUACACAGCAUAUAUAAAGUAAACAAACCAGCAAAUCAACAUAAAGGGAAAAUUGAAUGCUUGUUGUGUAGGCUGGUGUUUCACAACUUCCAAGGCUAUAGCGUCCAUAUGUCCAAGGCUCAUCAAAACAUAAAUCAGCAGUGCUUGUUAUGCUUUAAAGUCAAUCGCACAAGAAAAGAUAUGCUCUUACAUGGAAAGCAGCAUAUAGAGCAAGGAAGCAUUUUGUGCUUGUUUUGUAGCAAUAAAACAUUUUCUGAUAAGAAAGGCCUUGAUGCACACCUGAUAUCGCAUAUUGAAAGAAUGAGGUUUUGCACAUGUUGUCCGGUAUGUCAGGAAAUAUUACCUGAUCCUCUACGUGCAUUAAAUCAUAUGCGUGAAGAGCAUGGAAUGUCAACAUCCCAAGCAAGUAAUUCUGCCACACCCAAUGCCUUAAACAAAGAACUUGUUCCCUGCCACUUCUGUAGACUUGUCUUUGCUAGUGACGGUCCUCUUCGAGCUCACUUAAAGAAGGAACAUGGUGUAAACGUCUCCCCUGAUAAAACCUUAACAGAAAAUAACAAUACAAAUGAACCUCCAAGAAAAAAACCUCGUGUUGAAGGAAGUAUGUGUGCCAAGUGUGACUAUAGUUCUGCUAAUAGAGAGGAAUUUAAAAAGCAUAUUCAAACUCAUAAAAGCAACAAAAGCACAUUUCAGUGUCAAGAAUGUGGAUGUUGUUUUGUUGUGGAACCUUCUUUGGCUAUGCACUUAAAAAUUGUUCAUAAAAUAACUGAUCCUAAAAAGUACAUCGCUGAAGAGGGAACGAAUUUUGCUCCAGAUUUGCAAAAUCCGACAGAAGUUACUUCACGAAAUGCAUUAGAAUGUAGUGUUUGUUACACUACGUUUCCCAGCGAGUCAUCCCUGAAGAUACACAUGAGAAGUCAUGGUAUGGCAUUUAUUCAAACUAAAACUGCAUUUUCUCUUUAACAUCUUUCUUGGAGCUCAUUGUGUUUCAUGUGAUGUUUUCCUGCAUUGUUUGACAGUUUUAAAAUAUCAGUGGAUUUUUUGUGGAUUUGGUUUCUAAAAGAAAGUGUCAAUACAGUGGCUCCAUAAAAAUUUUCAGACUGAUAAAAGUUGGUCAGUUCAAGAAAAAACAAUCAAAAAAUUUUUGAUUAAAAAUUUUGUAAAGAGUAUAAAUAAAAAAUUUCUUAGAAGUGAAAAUAUUUACUUUUGUGCCAAAACAAUAAAAAUCGUAAAAGCAAUAUUUGUUAUUGUGUCCAUAAGACAUGAUGAAAACAUAAUU